AUGGCCACGGCCAAGCACAAGCAGCGCCGGGUCUACCAAGUCUGGAAAGGCAAAAACAUGAUACUAUGUGGUGGAAGGUUGAUCUUUGGACCAGAUGCCAAGGCCACCCUGAUUUCUUUUGCUCUAAUUGCCAUCCCUGUCGCUGUCUUCUGCGUCUUUGUGGCCAGGCAUCUCAUACACAUCUUCCCUGCAUAUAAUGCAGGCUAUGCAAUUCUUGCUGUCACCAUAGGCCUUACCGUUUAUGUACUGUUACUGCUCUUCCUUACCUCAUCUCAAGAUCCAGGUAUUGUACCACGAAAUUCACACCCACCUGUGGAAGAGUUCUCUUAUGAUGCUUCAGCUCCACAUGCUCUUCAGUUCCCUCGGGUAAAAGAGGUUAUGGUCAAUGGCAUGCCUGUGAAAGUGAAAUACUGUGAAACUUGCAUGAUAUAUCGGCCUCCUCGCUGCUCCCACUGCUCCAAAUGUGAUAACUGUGUCGAGCGCUUUGAUCAUCACUGCCCUUGGGUUGGGCAAUGUAUUGGAGAGCGAAAUUACCGGUACUUCUUCUGUUUUGUUUCUUCAGCGGCAGUGCUUUGUAUCUAUGUAUGUGCAAUGUGUGGAUUGUACAUCAGGCUUCUCAUGAAUAGGGGUCAUUAUUCGGUGGGGAAGGCCAUUAAAGAAUCUCCAGCUUCAUUAGCAGUCAUGGCAUAUUGUUUCAUUUGCUUCUGGUUCGUCGGUGGUCUCACUGGGUUCCAUUCUUACCUUAUUGCGACAAACAAGACAACCUAUGAGAAUAUCAAGUACAAGUACAGCAACCAACCAAACGUGUAUGACCGUGGUUGUGUGCGCAACUGUCAUGAGGUUUUGUGCACAAAAAGGAAGCCUUCUAAGAUCAACUUAAGAGCUAUUGUUCAAGAAGAACAAGAGGUAGCACGGCCACAGAAUAGCCCUUCCAAUGUACCAGAAGAUGAGGCACACCAACGUCCCCGAGCCAAGGUUGAGGAUCUAGAAAUGGGUCUUGACAUCCUCAAGACCACAGGGCGCAGGACAGAUGGACUCAGCAAUGAAGAAUUGGAGUCUGGAAGCACUGGUUUUAAAUAUCGCACACCAGAUUCAGAGACUGAGAUUCCUGUUACCAGAACUAAGACAGAGAUCUUUAGCGAAGUUAGGGGUCUGGACUUGUCGGUACUAAAUGCUGCACAACCUUCAUCUCCUGAGCAAAAACAACACCCAGACGAACUUUCCUGA